AUGAGUGCACAGAAAGACUCCCCACCGACCGAACAGACUAGCUCUCUACCCAAGCAAGCCGAAACCCCUUCGGCUGCCGUUUCAUCCGAAAAUGAGCAGAAGGAAGCGGAAAAAAAAGAUGUCAAAUCAACUGCUCCUCAGGAAUGUUCCACACCAAACAACACUAGCGCGUCUCCACUACCACUGUCACCUAUACCCACGUAUUAUUAUCAUAAUGGGACCCCGAGUUAUAUAGAAGCGACUGCUGCAGAAGCCUAUCAGGCAACAAUGAGCGCUGGUUACGACCCCAACGAUCCUAAUGCUUUCGCUGCUUAUGGUCAAUACGGGAUGCAUCCUCAAUAUUCACAGUAUUAUCCGGCCGAAUAUAGUGCUGCUUAUCCGGGAACGCCGCCUAUGCAGGCCCAAGCCUCUCCCUCUCUACCACCACAGUCCCUGAGUCCAUACUUCGGUGCUACUAGCCCUACUAUAGCAUAUUAUCCCACUUCUCCACAAGUUGGUCCAACUGGCAUUAUUCAUUCUCCUCCAAUGCAUCCUUACGUCUACACCCCUCAAUCUCCAUAUACAAUGCAUCCUAUUCACACACUUUCACCGACGCUAUCACAUACAUCCUCUUCAGCUCCAAACUCCCCGCCACCACAAUAUCUACCCGGUCCUGGAGUUCCUUCUCCGAAAGUAGGACCGCUCAAUAAUCACCGUAUUCAUCUUGCACGUUCUCCACAGCAUUACAGCUAUGGUCGGAGAGAUUCGGGAUCAAAUCAACCUUCAAAUAUGCCCAAUUAUCAUAACCCAACCAAGACAACUAAUAUUUAUAUUCGUGGGCUUCCUCCUACGACUACUGACGAUUCUUUGCAUAGCAUGUGUUCUAUAUAUGGUUCCAUCACCUCUUCAAAAGCUAUCAUUGACCAGAAACAAGGUGAUUGUAAAGGAUAUGGUUUUGUAAUGUACGAGACAGAAGAUCAGGCGAAGCAUGCAAUUGAGCAAUUGACGCGUGUAGGAUUGCAAGUCUCCUUCGCCAAGGAAUCAUUCAGUACAAAAUUAAAGAACCUACAAGACUUGGCGUCAACCAACAUCUACUUGUCGAAUUUACCAUUAGAUAUGAACGAGCAGCAAUUAGAAGAGUUAUUUAAGCCAUAUAAAGUAUUAUCUAAUCGUAUUCUAAGAGAUACAAAUGGUACAAGUCGUGGAGUAGGAUUUGCGAGAAUGGAGGAUCGCGACUCAGCGCAAGCUAUUAUUCAACAAUUCAAUGGAUAUCAACUUCCCGGAGCAAACUUACCUCUACAAGUGAGGUUUGCCGACUCUUUGGCACAAAAGAAAUUGAAAGGAACCGCUAGAAAGCGGAUGUGGAGAACCCGCGAAUUUGCUUCUAUCGGUGGGGUACCAGUGACGCCAGAGCAUAUGUUGGGGAUGGCCGCCUCCGCAUCGCCUCCGGGACCAACUGCUUAUAUUCCAUACUAUCCAGAAGGAGUACAACCUGCAGCUCCAUAUCCGCAAGGUUCGCUUUCACCGACAUUUGGGCCACAGUAUCGCUAUUAUCCCAUGUAUCCGGCACCUGCUGCACCUAUUCAUCAUGGUCCAGAUGGACAACCUGUUGUUGCUACUGCUCCUAUUCAUCAGGUAUCAAGUCAACCAGGGACACAGGCGGAGCAAGCAAAUACAGUCUCCUCAUCUGAAAAGACGAGCAAAGAGUCUACAACUGGAACAAGUGGAACUUCUAAGACGGAAUCAUCCGAGGAUCUAAGUGAUUUAGUCCAAAAAAAACUUAAUGUCGACGGAGUAAAUGCUAGUAAUAAUAGCGAAAGCAGUAAUGAUAAAAACUAA